AAAAUAUACACGUGGAUUUGUGUGUGUGUGUGGGUGUUGGUAUUGGCGUUAAAAAAAAACCUCUGCUUUCUUGCUGAGUCGCUAGGGAAAGAUCCACUGGCGCUAGCUUCGAUGGGCUUUUAUCCAGCGGCACUCAUCCAGCCCAGCCGAAUAUCCACGUUCCGAAUCUAACUCAGCCGAAAUCGCUUUAGAACAGAAAGCGCCCUCUAAUGGGAAAAAUUAACAUUAAAAAAGAAAAUAUUUUUUUAUGUUUUCAUAUUUUAUUAUGUCCUUGUACUUGGUGACAAUGAAAUAAAAUAAAAUUAGUGUAAAACCUUUUUCAUCAACAAAUCAUGUAGUACUAAACUGCAAUGUUGCUAUAUGCUGUUGAGCCUUUUGAGCCAGUCUAAACGCGCCUUAAGCAAAUGUCAUUGCCAAACAAUACCACCAACUGUCAAUAGAGGCCAUCGUACCAACAACAGUCCAAAAUAUUCUGAGAAACGCCAUACGCUAUCCGUGAUUGUAUCGUGAAAGAAGAAAAUAUUCGAAAAACAGCUUCAAAAAAAACGUCUACAUAACGAAGAAAUCUCUUAAAGAUAGCACUUCGUUAUUGUCUUUCUGCGACGGAACAGAGACGAAUGAAAACUGAAAGCCUAUAACCAAAAGUCCCCGUCUUUCUGUGAGUCUUCGUGAUUUGUUACCUGGAAACAUGGAACAUUCAUUGAAUCAACGUGAUGGAAGAAAACCAUCUCCAGCGUCAAUUGAGGGAUCAUCUACGAUAAAACAAGAACCUUUGGACGAGGAGAUGAAAGAACCGAAGAUAGAAAUUCCCCAAGAGGCAAGCUUUUGGGAGUGCGGCACUGUGGACCCGUUGAAAGAAGAAAUCGAUAUCGGCGAAACAGGCUUUACGGUGCAGGAUCCCUUUUUCAUGAUAGAAGAAAUCGGCAUCAAAGUUGAACCGAAAGUCGAGAAGGAUGAGGAAAUAGAGGACCAUGGCGAUACCGUCGAUACAACGAUCAUGGAUACAUCAGCGACCGAACCUCGACGCCGUAACAAAACUACCUCAGACGAGGACAGACACCGCGUUGUAACAGCCUACGAAAAUGGCGCAUCCGGAAAGGAUAUUGCUAAAAUGCUGAACAUCAAACGAGGGACGGUGUACAGCAUUAUAAAAAAAUAUCAAAAGACAUGGGAAGUUUCAGCUGCAAAACGUGGAGGCAACCGUCCUAAAAUGUUAUCGGACGAGGCAGUACAAAGCAUUCGUUCAUGGAUAGACGAAGACUGUACAUUAACGAUGAAGGUGUUGGUCGAGAAAGUCCACGAACGAUAUAGUGUGCGUGUCAGUACGACAACCAUCGCACGAGAAAUAAAAGGAUUCAAUUUUUCCUUUAAAAGAAUCCACAAUAUACCCGAACGUCGGAACACGGAUAGCACAAUCGAAGAACGCAAAUCGUAUGCAGCAAUGUAUUACGAAUUACUACUGGAAAUUACCGAUAAGGGCAUCGUUUUUCUGAACGAAACUGGCUUAAAAUUGAGCAUGCGGACAUCGCAAGGCCGAUCACAGCCGGGAACAACUCCAAGCGCCGUCGAACCGCAGUUGCGAUCAAAAAACAUAUCCAUCAUAUGCGCUAUGAAUAAGUAUGGUAUAGUUCAUUACCGGUCGCACAACAGGGCUAUAACUACCAAAUUAAUCAAAGAAUUUGUUUUGGAGUUGAAGGCUAAAUUAAGGAUGCGUGGAGUUAGUCGUUCGUGCUUCAUUAUGGAUGAUGUGGAAUUCCAUAAAUCUGCAGAGGUACAAGAAGCAAUUGGCAACGAAGAAGAUAAACCACUUUACUUACCUUCCUAUUCACACUUCCUGAAUCCCAUAGAAAAUAUGUUCAGCGAGUGGAAAAAAUUAAUAAAACGAUCUAAUGCACAAAGCGAACAGUCGUUGAUGGAAGCCAUAGCCAGCCUUUCAAUGCUAGUCAGUUCCCAAGACUGUGAAAAAUAUUUCCGAAACAUGGGAACGUACUUAGACCAGUGUUUGCGAGGUGAUGUAAUACAAGAUUGAGGUGCCAUUUCUAAAUAGGUAUUUUUAUUCAUCAAAAUUCGACGAUCCUUCGUAUUAAAUUUUAGUUUCUAAGUACGUUUAGUUGUAUUACUUUAAUUAACCGUUAUACGUGAUUACCAACGUGAUAUGAAAAACAACAUCAUUAAUUUUAGUUUGUUAAACGAAUUAAUAAAACAUGUACAUAUUUAAACAUUGCUUAAAACCUUUUUUUCACUUUUAAAAACUGGGCUCUGUGUAAAAUUGUAUGUUUUUCGUUUUAUGCUGUAUAUUGAACUAUUAAAUCUAGUCAGUAAAAAUUUUUGAUUCAACGGAAUGAUUAUUGAUGAUCACGUGGUUCGCGCCUUGAGUAAUUGGGCUGUUACAGUCAGCUAAAAACGAUAGUUUUGUUGCCAAUAGCGGCCGCUGAUGUAUCCAUGGUUGUUGCAAGUAUCUCUACAUAAAAAAGCGUAGCUUCAAUAUGCAACAAGUUUAUGUAAAACGUGAUCACUGUGUAACGCCUAAAAACAAAAUCGUGAGUGUGUAAAGUCUCGAAAUUGUGAAAGAUCAACUACGUAUCUUAUUUUUCACAACACAGCACUAUUGUUACCAGCGAAUAUUACUGUCGAAAAUGUCUAGUUUAUACAAAACUUUAACAAAAUUAAUUUUGAAUUGUAAGAAAUUGACUUGUUGAAACUAAUUACUCCUAGUGAAACAUCCAGUGCGCGUAGUAAAAACACACGCUAUUAACUAAAAAUCAAGUGUACGGAGUUUUUUCCAAGAAAAGUUGGAAACACGAGGGUGUUGUAAAAACAGCGUAGAACUGAAGAAAACAAUAUAUUAUGGAAUAUUAUAUCAUUUUUGCAAACACAAUUUUACUAUCAAAAGUAUUAUCCUCAAUGUUUGUUUGUUUCGUUAAUAUUUGAAAGCUUUGCUAGGCAUUCGUAUCCUUCGUGUUGAACCAAGGAUUUCCUGUAAACAGUUUCGUUGAAAACAUUAUUUCGCGGGCCCUUAAAGUUUUAGUCGCUGUAGUUGUUCUGGAAUGUGUGUUGGACUUUACAGAUUUUACAGAUGUGGAUACCCCAGGUACUUCGGAACCGCGUCAUUUACAUAAAACCAUCAGCGAUGAUGAUCCUGAGCGGAUCACUGCUGCAAGUGAAGACGGAUAUACAGUUUCUAUGAUAGCUGGCAUGUUGUCAAUGAACCGAUGAAUGGUUUAUCUAGCUAUAUCUAUAUGUAUAUAUAAAAUUCUCGUGUCGCGGUGUUAGUGUGAAAACUCCUCUUAAACGGUUGAACCGAUUUGAGAAUAGGUUUAGCGCUAUAGUUCGUUUCGCCUGGAGGACCUGAAGGACCUGGUGUUAAAUCCCAAUUGUCAAGGAAAGCCAGAAAUACGUCCUGAAGCGCCAGAAAAGGAGAAGAAGUGCCGCAAGAGAAGAAGAAGAAAUUGCUUUUAUUAUGAGUAUCUUUUUGAUCAAGAAUGGUAAUAGGUAAUUGAAAAAAAAAUUGAAUUGAUCAAUGAUUUUCUCUAAUCACCACACGGACCAAAAUUGAACAUUCAAACUGUUUGUUAGAAAACUUUAAAUACAAAACACAUGUUUAAGGGCAAAGCUAGGUUUGCCGGGUAAGCUAGUACUAUAUAAAAACAAGUAUUUUAAACCUGGUGAAACAGAAGCAAAAAGGCGUGGAGAAAUCAACAUAAAAAAAAUCACAAAUGCGGCUAUCGCAGAUAUUAAAAAUUUGAUAGACGAGGACUGUCCAACAUCCCUAUCCAACCUUUCGCAAAAAUAUCCACGGAGUACAAGUAACAAUCAUAACUAUCGCUCGGGAGAUAAAGAAAAUCAAUUAUUCGUUUAAACGAAUGAAAAUUUGAUCCAAGCGGCAUGACAAUUGCAACACGGUAGCUGAACGCCAAGAAUACACUUUUUCGUACAAACGGAUUGCCAACCGUUUCCAAUGGUUCGCUAAUGACGCCAUCUACUUCAUUUGGAGAAAAACAGAUGGUAAUCUAAAUACAUCUCAUGAUCAAGUGAGUUGGUAAAUCUUCCUGUAAGAUGAUUGUAGUUUGUUCGGAUAUAAUAGUUGUGAUCUUUUGGUCGGUUAAACCGAUAGUGGUGUAAGGGCAAAAGUAGAAGCAAAUCUUUUCGCAACCAUAUCGUGUACCGAUAUCAAAAUUAUUGAACGACAACUACCAAACAUGGCGCUACAAGGUGGAAAUGUUUCUGAAACAGGAAGAAUUAUGGUACGUAAUAUCAGAACCAAAACCGGUGACACCAUCGCAAAGAUGGAUAAAAGACGAUACGUAGGUGAAAGCAACCAUUGGCCUAAAUAUCGACGAUGAUCAGAUUAGUUUGAUCAGCGAACGCACAACAGCGAAGGAUUCGUAGAAUAUACUGAAUGCCUACCAUGAAAAGUUUUCAAAAAUAUAUCUAUUCAGAGGAUCACAAUAAACAAUAUUGAGCUCGACGAAGGAGGCAACAUGGAAAAACACGUACCGGAAGUUCUCGGAAUUACUGCAACGACUAGCUGGGUCAAGCGAUCCAAUACGGAAGUGGCUAGUAGCGAUACUAUUCAACGAACUAUUACCUUAAUUCGACCCACCCACCUGGAACAAAAAUUGCUGAACGAACUUUCUUUGGAAUUAGUGAAAUUAAAGCUGCUUGCUGGUACGACAACCGAAAGGAACGUGGUUCCGGAGCAAAUGAGAGUGAGAUGGCGUUAAAAACAGUACAGCAGAGGCCACUAAAUGGGAGAACUUGUGAAAUGAAAAAGUGCUUCUAUUGUAAGAAGCCAUAAAAUUUUAAAAAGUAGUGUAGACUGUAAAGCCACUGCGGCCAAGACAGUUGAGACUUUCCCUCAAACUUCCUUAAUCACUCAAAUCCCUCAAAAAGCGUCUUACCAAACCAAAGUCCUCGUGGCAGUUUGAUGUUUUCCUUAAAUAUGGUCGCACAAACAAUCAGUCAUGGCGUCUAUAUUGCCUCUCUUUUCGUCAGCGACAACACAGAGUGUGUGACAAAUGCUACGAAAUGAAAUGGAAUUUCAAUUUCAAUGAAAAAUAUGAUCAAUAACAUUUUGUUUUAAGAAAAACAAUGUAAGUAAACAUUUUACACCUUUUUGGAGUCUAUCUAAACAACUGACGCUUCUAAGUACUUGGUAGCUAAACAUGUGUUAUGUGCAACUUCAACGUGCGGAUAUAUAGUAUAAUCGGGUUCGAUACUGCCUUCUACAAUGGAUGUUCAAGUGCUGUAUUUAUAACGUUUAUUGUCAUGAAAUGUGUAUUGAUUCUAGAUAUAGCUGAUGAUUUUGCUGAAGACAACGCACCGGCACGCAGAAAAUUGAAGACAACAUCAGAUGAGGACCGUAAACGAAUUGUUAUCGCUUACGAAAACGGAAGCCCAGUUGCUGCAAUCGCGGAAACAUUAAACAUAAAUCGAUCGACGGUAUAUAACGUUUUGCGAAAAUAUAAUGAGACAAUGAAAAUAGAAGCAGAUAAGAGAGGAAAAGUGAUGGAAAAGAAAAUUACACCAGCAAUUCAUGAUCAAAUCAUUGCAUGGAUAGAUGAGGACUGUACGAUAUCGUUAUAUGUGUUAACCAGCCGAAUCCUGGAAAAGUUUAAUGUACGUGUUUGCCGGUCCACAGUAGCAAAAGAAAUAGGUGAGUUUAACUACUCUUUGAAAACACUUUAUCUGGACCCCGAAAAGCGAAAUGAUGCAAAUGCAUUGCUUGCUCGCAAAGAGUAUGCAAUUGCUUUUUCUGUGCUCCCUUCCACAGUUCCAGAUAAUGGAAUAGUAUUUGUUGAUGAGGUAGGAUUUAGAGUAAGCAUGAGAGUUAUGCGUGAAAGGUUGUUGGUAGGUACAAAAGCAGUAAAAGUAGUACCUCAAAUCCGUACUCGUAAUAUUUACGUAGUAUGUGCGAUGAACAGAACGGGUAUUGUACACUAUAUGACUAGCAAUCAUGCGAUUGAUAGGCACUUUUUUGUGACAUUUAUAAAUGAGCUCAAACAAAAAUUACGCGAAAUAUCGAUUCCACGUGCGGUAGUUAUAAUGGACAAUGUAGCAUUUCAUAAAUGUACGGAGGUAAAACAGCUUUUCAAAAAAGGUGACGGUCGCGCUAUGUAUUUACCUCCGUAUUCUCCGUUUUUAAAUCCCAUUGAAAACGUCUUUAGCAAUUGGAAAAAUUUUUGUAAACGGGCCAAUCCACAAUGUGAAGAUGACGUGAUGUCAGCAAUUACUAAUGGAUGGUCUUUAAUUACAGCAACAGACUGUAAGAAUUAUUUCCAACAUAUGUGGAAUUACAUUCCACGAUGCUUGCGAGAAGAAGCAAUAGAGGAUUAGGAGCACGAAUAGGCAAGGUAGAACAAAAUAGUAAGCAGUAUUUUUCGUGUACUUGAAUUUAUUACUGUUAAAUUAACUGUAUUCAAAAUAAAAAUGAAAUAGACGAUGAAAUCACCAUAGAAAACCGUUUGAGUGCAUGUAUUUGUUUAUUUUACCGCAAACACAAUCAUUUAUCAAGUUACGCGAAUUACUCAAGCACGCAUUAUUUGUUGGUGGCAGUGCUCGGUCGUAUACGAUUUAAUCAAACGACCAAAUCAGUAGGGGUGUCAUUGCCCAGUCGUACGACCAAUUUCGGUUUGAUGGUUGCAGCAAAGCCCGGGGACUUAAACAGCACAUGCUCCGAAUUUUCGGGAACGCCGACGCACCACCCGGAGAGUCCGGGGAGGACGUGAACCAAUGAAAUGAAAAUUGAAAUGAGGCCAGUGAGCACAGUGACCAUCUCAUAACUGACGGUACGGAAGGCCCGUGCCACUCUGAGAGCUACCCUUCGCUGGACUCGCCGCAGUCGCUGUCGACACUCCGUGGUCUACAGUUUCUCGUACCAGUUGGGUGCGUCGUACCGCAUUACUGACUCUGCCACAUUAAUGAU